UUUCCCGCCAUUAUCUACCUCUCCGAAUCCAGCCGUAAUCUCCUUCCUUUCCUCUCUGCCGCCAAAACCUCCACUUUUCACACACAACACACACUUCAAAUCUGCAUCCCAGAGAGCCGAAGCAGCGGCGAAGGAGAUUGAACAAUGAGCUCUAAGAUGAGAAAUAAAGUGCAGAAGAAGUUCAAUAUGAGGGGAUACAAACUCAAAAUGGAAGCCCUAACGGAAAUCCUUGGUUUCAUCAGUCGAUUUCCCGAAGCGGAAGACGAAGCGCUCGAUCUCCUCCUCGACGAGCUGCAUAACGUUUCCUUGAAAUCUUCGAUACUGGAUAAGGAGCCGGUGCAGAGAGUGGUGACUCUUUUGCUCGAAGCCGAGGCUGCAGUGGAGGAGAGUCCGACAACUAGCGGUCAUGGCUCGUCCGCGUCUGCUUUGAGAAUAAUUGAUGCGUUUGAUUUCCCCAAAUUUCGAUACGAUGCGGUCAAGAAAUUGUUUCACAGAUACUUGGGGAAGCUCCCAAUUUAUGGUGAUGCUUCUGCAAAGGUCACUUUAUACAGAGAUAGGUUUCUCUUGUUGUUUCAAAGGCUCUCCCGUGAUCCUCAUUUUUCUAGGCCUGUUUUUGAUAGCGAUAUGUCAGAUUAUGGCAGCUGCCAGAUAUCUCCAAUUCAAUCUCUGGUUGGUCAGACAGGAAAGAGAUGGGUAAUGGGACUUAUUUCUCAGCUGGAGGAUGGGCAUUUCUACUUGGAAGACUUAACUGCCGCUGUGGAAGUUGAUUUAUCUAAUGCAAGAAUAACUACAGGUUUUUUUGUUGAGAACACGAUUGUCUUAGCAGAAGGCGAGAUGCUCUUGGAUGGCAUCUUUCAGGUGAAAACAUGUGGAUUUCCUCCGUUAGAGGACAGAGAAAAGUCACUCUCAAUGCUAGCAGGAAUUGAUUUUUUUGGUGGUGGUUCACUUACAAAAGAGGAGACUGUUAGGCUUGCAGAGCUUGAAAGAGGGGCAGUUAAUGACAUGUUUGUGAUUCUCUCUGAUGUUUGGCUAGACCAUGAGGAGACUAUGGAAAAACUUGAGAUCAUCCUCGAUGGUUAUGAGAACGAGAAUGUGGUCCCAUCUCUGUUCGUUUUCAUGGGAAACUUCUCUUCUCAUCCAUGUAACCUUUCUUUUAAUUCUUACUCUAGCAUUAGAUCAAACUUUGGAAGGCUAGGCAAAAUGAUUGCAGAUCAUCAGCGCCUAAAAGAACAUAGCAGAUUUCUUUUCAUUCCUGGUCCUGAUGAUAUAGGACCUUCAAAUGCUCUGCCCAGAUGCUCAUUGCCAAAAUACAUAAUUGAGGAGUUUCAAAAUCACAUUCCAAAUGCUGCAUUUUUGAGUAAUCCUUGCAGAAUCAGAUUUUAUACACAAGAAAUUGUGUUUCUACGUGAAGAUAUGCUUUACAAAAUGCGCCGAUCCUGUCUGAUGCCUCCUUUAACUGAAGAAACGAGUGACCCAUUUGAGCAUCUUGUUGCUACCAUAAUGCAUCAAAGCCAUCUUUGCCCUCUGCCAUUGAGCGUACAGCCCAUCAUCUGGAACUUUGAUCACUGUCUUCAUUUGUAUCCAACUCCACAAACAAUUGUCUUGGGGGACAGAAGUGAGCAGAAGGCAUUCAAGUACACUGGAGUUACAUGCUUUAACCCCGGUUCCUUCUCAAAUGACUUCACUUUUGUGGCAUAUCGACCUUGCUCUCAGGAAGUUGAACUAUCAGCUGUGUAAGUAUGUAUUCCAGAGGUUAAAUGCACAAAUAGAUUUUGAGAACUGAAUGUUCCUAUUUAACUGGAACAUGGCUCUUUGGAAGUCUAAUUAUCACAUUUGUAAGAGUUGAGUCUAUGUAUAUGCAGCUAAAACCAUUAUUUUCCUGAAAACUUGCUGCAGAUAUUGUAUUCUCCUUGUAAGUUAACAAACUUGUUUCUAUGAUUCUCUGUAAUUUUUAGAGUAUAUGAUGCAAUUUGACUCACUUGGCUAAGCGCAUGGACAGAUUUGCAUUUAGUUAAUGUAAUAGUAUACAUACUAUGUAUACCGAACUCUGAAUAACUUCAUAAAUACUAUAGCUUUUUAUUUUCAAA